AUGGCCUCCAAUGCAAACGAUACUGUCAACCUCAGACCCCAUAUAUUGCUGUCGCCCUAUGUGGAAUAUACCAUCCCUUCUGACACUAAAGAACCAAUUUCGGAAGUGAGAAUUGCGGAUAGCCCAUGGUACGUCGCUAGGCCAGAAUGCUCUACCCAUUUCGAAGCUCCAUUGCAUAGGGAGUGGAAGAGUCAAGUCACUCGAGGCGAUUUGAAUGCUGGACGCUUUAACCAUAUCAGCAGCACGGGUGACAGUCCUAUCAAGCUUUGCUGUAAGGCCGAUCUGAUCAAUGAGACUGAACAUCAACUCCAAAGUGUUGACCCUCCCGAAGAUACCUGCUAUGCCUCGAGCGGACAUCACAUUAUCGCCAUACUUAGUGAGAAAGAGAAAGCUCUGAUGGGAAAUGCUUCUCCCCUUCCUGGGUUCCCCUCGGAAGAUUUUAAAGGUUCGAUCACAGUACCACUCCAAGAUCGAGAAGUAACCUUUUCAAGAUAUACGGAAGACGAUACCGACUAUGUUCGAUCUGGGUCAGAGAUGCCUGGUCUGAAGACAGCAAAAGGCAAGAUCAACUAUCCAUUUGGAGAAAGAGGGCGCAGAACGAGCCGUUUUGACGAGACCGAGUUCUUCAAGCUUGGGGCGGCCGCUUUCGCUGCGUCGUCGAGAUGA